AUGGAAUCAGAGAGAAGCCAGAGGAUGGGAAAUGCCUGCAUCCCCCUGAAAAGAAUUGCUUAUUGCCUAUGUCUCUUAUCUGCGCUUUUGCUGACUGAGGGGAAGAAACCAGCGAAGCCAAAAUGCCCUGCCGUGUGUACUUGUACCAAAGAUAAUGCUUUAUGUGAGAAUGCCAGAUCCAUUCCACGCACCGUGCCUCCUGAUGUUAUCUCAUUAUCCUUUGUGAGAUCUGGUUUUACUGAAAUCUCAGAAGGGAGUUUUUUAUUCACACCAUCGCUGCAGCUCUUGUUAUUCACAUCCAACUCCUUUGAUGUGAUCAGUGAUGAUGCUUUUAUUGGUCUUCCACAUUUAGAGUAUUUAUUCAUAGAAAACAACAACAUCAAGUCCAUUUCAAGACAUACUUUCCGGGGACUGAAGUCAUUAAUUCACCUGAGCCUUGCAAACAACAAUCUCCAGACGCUCCCAAAAGAUAUUUUCAAAGGCCUGGAUUCUUUAACAAAUGUGGACCUCAGAGGGAAUUCAUUUAAUUGUGACUGUAAACUGAAGUGGCUGGUGGAAUGGCUAGGCCACACCAAUGCAACUGUUGAAGACAUCUACUGCGAAAGCCCUCCAGAAUACAAGAAGCGCAAAAUCAAUAGUCUCUCCUCCAAGGAUUUUGAUUGUAUCAUUACAGAAUUUGCAAAGUCUCAAGAGCUGCCUUAUCAAUCAUUGUCCAUAGACACUUUUUCUUAUAUGAACGAUGAGUAUGUAGUCAUUGCUCAGCCUUUUAAUGGAAAAUGCAUUUUCCUUGAGUGGGACCAUGUAGAAAAGACCUUCCGGAAUUAUGACAAUAUUACAGGCACGUCCACUGUAGUAUGCAAGCCUAUAGUCAUUGAAACUCAGCUCUAUGUUAUUGUGGCCCAGCUGUUUGGCGGCUCUCACAUCUAUAAGCGAGACGGUUUUGCGAAUAAGUUCAUAAAAAUCCAGGACAUUGAAAUUCUCAAAAUCCGAAAACCCAAUGAUAUUGAAACAUUCAAGAUUGAAAACAACUGGUACUUUGUUGUAGCUGACAGCUCAAAAGCUGGUUUUACUACCAUUUACAAAUGGAAUGGAAAUGGAUUCUACUCCCAUCAAUCCUUACAUGCGUGGUACAGGGACACUGAUGUGGAAUACCUAGAAAUAGCCAGAACACCUCAGGCACUCAGAACGCCUCACUUAAUCCUGUCUAGUAGUUCCCAGCGUCCAGUAAUUUAUCAGUGGAACAAAGCAACACAAUUAUUCAUUAACCAAACUGACAUCCCUAACAUGGAGGACGUGUAUGCUGUAAAGCACUUCGCAGUGAAAGGUGAUGUGUACAUUUGCUUGACAAGAUUCAUUGGUGAUUCCAAAGUAAUGAAAUGGGGAGGCUCCUCAUUUCAGGAUAUCCAGAGGAUGCCAUCACGAGGAUCUAUGGUGUUCCAGCCUCUUCAGAUAAAUAACUAUCAAUAUGCAAUUCUUGGAAGUGAUUAUUCUUUUACUCAAGUGUAUAACUGGGAUGCAGAGAAAACCAAAUUUGUGAAAUUUCAGGAAUUAAAUGUUCAGGCACCAAGAUCAUUCACAUAUGUGUCCAUUAAUAAACGCAAUUUUCUUUUUGCUUCCAGUUUUAAGGGAAAUACACAGAUUUACAAACAUGUCAUAGUUGACUUAAGCGCAUGA